UCACAGGUACUCGCCCUUCACAGCUCCCAACGCGGAGUGCACCGGCAGCGGCGCCGGCAGAUCUGCAGGCGUCUCCUUGCUGCUCUUGUUAGGCCUCGCCGGCUUCAGCACUGGAGACCUGCGGCCAGGGCGAUCUGGCCUUCUGCUGGGACUGCUCGCUGUGGCCAUGAGCCUGCAAGGUUGCGACAUCAUGGCCAGUCAUGCCGCGGGCACCUGGGAGAGCAGGCCCAGCUAUCUUAUGAACUUUGCGGUGCGCAGCACGCAGGUGGAGGCCAACACUGGAGUGACGCAAGUCCACAGCAAGACCUUCUUGAACUCCUGCAGCGUGCCGGACUUGGGCGAUGCGCAGAAGUGCAACGGCCACGGGGUGUGCAAGACUUUCGCCUCCGGUUUGGCCUUCUGCGAAUGCGACUCCGGGUACUCGGACCCCGAGUGCCGCACCGAGCGCAAGUCCCAGCGCACGGCGUUCCUGCUGUCUCUCUUCACAGGAUUCCUGGGCUUGGACCGCUUCUACCUGGGUGAGCUCUCUGCGGGCACCCUGAAGCUGGCCACCUUGGGCGGCGUCGGCAUUUGGUGGAUGUGGGACAUUGUGCGCACCGGUGCCGCACCCAUCUAUACCAGGUACCAUGGCCGUUUGGCCGCCGACCUGCCGCACUUCGUCUUCGUGAUCCUGGCGGUGCUCUGGGUGGCCUUGCUGGGCUACUUCAUCUUCGGCGUGGUUGGUGCCAUGUGGCAUCAGAGCAGCAUCUUGAACAAGGCUCUGACAAAGGUGGAGAAGAUCCAACACCACCUGGCCAAGCAACGCUUGGUGUCCCAGAACGAGGAGGGAGUUGCGGGCAUGCCCAGCAAGACCACCUACCACGUGGCUGCCCCGUACGGCGACGGCUCGCGGGACUUCUAUGGGUCUAUGGCGGAGACACCGGCAGAGGUGAAACUGGCAGCCUAUAAGAACCCCAUGUCGCCUUACUACCUCUACGCCAAAGCAUCAGAGCAGCCCAACGUGAAGAGCUCAGGAGUCUUCUCACGAUCUCCUUAUGAGCUGUGAGGAUUAGAGAGUCCGCUGAGCAGAGAAGAGCCUUAGGACUAUGACCAACAUAGUUUACUUGCGC